ACGAACGCGUGCAGUGUGGAUUUUCAAAUUGGCUAAAAACCAGAAAAACACAAAACCCAAAUAGAAAAACGUGAAAACGCCGGAGAAAAUGCUAGAAGAAAAUAAAAAUUAUUGAAUCGUUAGAAACGUCUGUUUUUGCGGGUAGAACCCCAAAUUUUAUGCCGUUCGUUUGUCAAUAAAAAAGCGAAUAGGAACGUAAACAGAAGCGAAAAGCGAACGGAGCGAAGAGAAAGACAUCAUAUUGAAUUUAUGGUGUAGGUGCAGCGACGUGGUCCUCGAGGAUAUUGGGGCCGUACCCAGAUAUAUUCCGGUGUCCUCGACGUCAGGGUGUGACACGGCCCAGUUUGGUUGCGUCGGCGCCGAUUUUCACGUGCCCCCCUUUGAACUCGUCCUCGUCCUUUGUCCUUUCUUGUGUGCCCUGCUGUCCUUUUAUUGUUGUCUUACCUGGGCCACAAUUACCGUUAUCGGGCGAGGACCAAAUUGCUUUUGCCACCCGCAACGAGUGAACAAUUCCGGACCGGACCGGACCCCGGUUCCCCAGCGGGUGCAUUACGGUUUUGAGGGCUCCACGGUCGCAGUAUUGCGCAUGAUAAUUGAAUUUUUGUGGCGGCUGCUUUGCGGAAAUCUCCUAAUUGGAAAUUUGUUAUUUAAGUUCGAUGAACUGUGAACAGAAAAGAGGCCGAAAUUGAAAAUGUGCCGUGACAAUCAAGUGAAAUUACCGGUGGCUAAGUGAUCAAAGUUUAAAAAGAAACAUGGAUAACAUUACAGUGUCACCAGCUGAAAUGCUGGGCAACAUAUCUAUAAAUGCCAGCAGAAACGAUGAGAAUCUCACCUCCUUCUUCACCGACGAGGAAUGGCUGGCCAUCAACGGCACUCUGCCCUGGAUUGUGGGAUUCUUCUUUGGGGCCAUCGCCAUCACGGGCUUUUUCGGCAACCUGCUGGUCAUCCUGGUGGUGGUCUUCAACAAGAACAUGCGAUCCACGACCAACCUGAUGAUCGUGAACCUGGCCGCCGCAGAUCUGAUGUUCGUGAUCCUCUGCAUUCCGUUCACGGCCACCGACUACAUGGUCUACUACUGGCCUUUUGGACGGUUUUGGUGCCGCAGUGUCCAGUACCUGAUCGUGGUGACGGCCUUCGCCUCGAUCUACACCCUGGUGCUGAUGUCCAUCGAUCGCUUCCUGGCCGUGGUCCAUCCCAUUCGAUCGCGGAUGCUGCGAACGGAGAACAUUACCCUGAUUGCCAUCGUGACUCUGUGGAUCGUGGUGCUGGUCGUUUCGAUGCCAGUAGCCUUCACCCACGAUGUGGUGGUGGACUACGAUGCCAAGAAGAACAUCACCUACGGCAUGUGCAUGUUCACGAACAACGACUUCCUCGGCUCGAGGACCUACCAGGUGACCUUCUUCAUCAGCUCCUACAUGCUGCCCCUGAUGAUCAUCAGCGGGCUGUACAUGCGGAUGAUCAUGCGGCUGUGGCGCCAGGGCACCGGUGUCCGGAUGUCCAAGGAGUCGCAGCGGGGUCGCAAGCGCGUCACCCGCCUGGUCAUCGUCGUGGUCAUCGCCUUCGCCUCACUCUGGCUGCCCGUUCAGCUCAUACUACUGUUCAAGGCACUGGAUGUCAUCGAGAUGAACAGCCUCACUAAACUCGUCAUUCAGGUCACCGCACAGACACUGGCCUACAGCAGCUCCUGCAUCAAUCCGCUGCUCUACGCCUUUCUCUCCGAGAAUUUCCGGAAGGCCUUCUACAAGGCCAUUAACUGCUCGUCUCGGUAUCAGAACUACACAUCUGAUUUGCCGCCGCCGCGCAAGACAUCCUGUGCCAGGACCUCCACCACAGGACUCUAAGGAAAUUAUCCCUAAAGCGGGAUAAGAGGCAAUUGAGGAAGGCCUACACUACGAGUGAAUCUCCGAGGGCAGUCGUGGAUGCACAUGUCCUUAACAGGGAACCAGAGGACCAAUAGACCAAAGGACUGCAAACGAUCACUACAAUUAAGUGAUGCUCUUCGAAUGUCUAGCUUUAAAUAUAAGUAUUUUGUAAAUAAAAUGGAUUUUUUAAAAUUGAUAACCUAGCAUUAAAUGAUUGUCUAUUAGUUAUUUAUAAUAUUAGGAUUAAACGCUUCUAUGUCACUUAGAGAGUAUUAUAAUAAACAUUCGCUGACCUCGAAAGAAUGUCGUAUUUGUUCAAUGUUAAUGCAGUGUAAAAGGGUAUUAUAAUAAUUGUUAUAUAGAUAAUGCUUAUCGCAAUGUAAUGUAUUACAAACUCCCUCGCUGAGGGCCAUAUU